UUGAAUAGAUAUAUAUUAUAAAUAAAAUUGCCUACUCACAAUUUAAUUAGUCAAUUACAACCCAGCAGGAAAAUAAAAGAAUAAAUAUUCGGAAAAUAAAAAAUCACGAGCUCAAUCGCAGACCCAAACCCUAAACAAGUUUGAUUUCUCGCAAACCGUUCAGUUCGCUGUCAUGUCGAGCCGUGGCGGAGGUAGAGACCGAUUUCGCACCAGAUUUGAAGACAAAUCGCAUGGCGCAGGGAGCGGCCGAGCUAAUGCGCCGCCGUCGAGACAUCUAUGGGUUGGGAACUUGUCGCAUGAUAUAGACGAAUCUGAUUUGACCGAUCAGUUUUUAAGAUUUGGAGAACUUGAAAGCGUUGCGUUCCAGCCAGGGAGAAGCUAUGCCUUUGUGAAUUUUAAAAGUGACGAAGAUGCGAUUGCGUCGAUGAAGGCACUACAAGAUUUUCCUCUCGCUGGCAAUCCACUUAGGAUUGAGUUUGCCAAGGCGGAUAAAUCAUCAGCACUGUUACGAGAUGCAGACCAUUUGCUACACCGAGAUGAGCAACGCUCCACAUUAAGAGGAUCCCCUUUCUCACAAAGGGACUCCAGAGCACGUCAUGCUAGUCCUCCUGACUCUGGUUACCCUGAAAAAUCCAAGAAUGAUAAAAGUGCUGAACCUAGUGAGGUUUUAUGGAUAGGAUUUCCAGCCUUACUGAAGGUGGAUGAAGUGAUCUUAAGGAAGGCGUUUUCACCAUUUGGUGAAAUAGAGAAAAUCACUGUUUUUCCAGGUCGUAGUUAUGCCUUUGUUCGGUUCAAGAGCUUAAUGUCAGCUUGCAGGGCGAAAGAAACUCUUCAAGGGAAAUUGUUUGGAAAUCCCCGUGUGCACAUUUGUUUUGCGAAAAGUGAAGCUGGCUCCUCAAGUAGUGGAAAGGGCUCAAUGAAUGCCCCUCUCUCCCCACGUUUCAAGUUGAAUGGCCAUUCUAGCCCUGCUGAGAACUUUCGGCCGGAUAGGAAUUUUGGGAGCUUUUCAGGAGAUCCCAGCAUUAGAUCUCCUCACCUUAACCCAAAUUUUGAUUCUGGUGAUGAUGAUGUUUAUAAUUAUAAUAGGAAGGAUACUUUAUGGAGUGGGGGAAACAAGACAUAUGAACCAUGGAGGUUUGGAGAGGUGGGAUCUGAACCAGGACUACCUCAAGAUAUUUAUGAACAUAGUCCUACCAGAGAAAGGACUGCUCACUUCCAUGAUUUUCCUCAGAAGUUUUCUCAAAAAGCUCCACUUUAUGAAGAUCAGUGGGAUUCACCAGAAGAUGCCUAUUAUCAUCCAGGAGCCAAAAAAUUAAAGACUGGCUCCUUACCACCUGACAAAGAGUUGCCAGAGUAUCCUUUCUCUGAUCUAGAUUAUGGGAAACGUGCAUCUUCAAGGGCAUUCUCUGAUUUUGCUCAACCUGAGACCUUCGAAAAGAACUUUGAUUCUGGAUCUUUUGGGUAUAAGCAGAUCCCUGAUCGCCAGAGAAAUUUAACUCUACCUCACAGAGAGAAGAAUGAUACGUGGAAAGUACCUUAUGAUGGUUAUCAGGUGGGUCCUGGAUCUUUGCCACUAAAUCCUGUUGAUAGGAAAAGGUUCACUCCUGAAUUAGACCAGCCAAAGCCAUCUAUAAAGGACUGGAAGUGGGAGGGAACUAUAGCCAAGGGAGGAAGUCCUGUCUGUCAUGCUCGCUGCUUCCCUGUUGGAAAAGUCAUGGACAUGAUGUUACCUGAGUUCUUAGAUUGCACUGCAAGGACUGGUCUAGACAUGCUUGCAAAGCAUUAUUAUCAAGCAUCUAGUAGCUGGGUUGUCUUUUUUGUCCCUGGAAGUGAUGCUGACAUUGCAUUUUACAAUGAAUUCAUGCACUAUCUGGAGGAGAAGCAGCGAGCAGCAGUUGCCAAAUUGGAUGACAAGACCACACUGUUUCUUGUACCUCCAUCUGAUUUUUCACAGAAAGUGCUGAAAGUACCUGGCAAACUGAGCAUUUCUGGGGUUGUUUUGAGGUUGGAGCCUUCUGCUUCUAAUCAUGGGCUUGUACGUUAUCCAAAUGAGAUCAAGGAUACAUAUUCAGAUCCAUCAUAUGCAAAGCCACCAAUGCCUUCUGGAUCCUUUCCUGUGCUGUCCUCUUAUCCAGAUAUGGGUAAAUCGGGGCUUUCUUUGUCAGGAGAGAUGCCUAUAUCAGCUGUGCCCUCACCAUAUUCAAGUUCAGUUCCUGCUGUUGGUGGUAUAUCUGAGUUAUAUAGUGAAAACAGGCAUGAAUAUCCAACCCAUCUGCGUAACCCUGCAUUGGCGCCAAACCAAUCUCCUCACCAUCUACAGAACCCAGUCUCUGGUUCCAGAAAUAUACCUUCACUUUCAUCCAAUAGUUCUGUUGAUCCAAUCAUUCAGGGGAACCCCUCAGUCAUGCCAAAGGUUGUGCAGGAAACAAACUCUAGUCAUUAUCUGGGUGGAAUUACCGGACUCCCAUUAUCAGAAAAUAGCAAGAUGUUGGAUCAGGAAUCUAGACCUUCCACUUUGCCUAUGACAAUUACAUCGCUGCAACCGGAGCAACUUACACAAUUAGCAUCAACUCUUCUUGGUUCGCAGAGACAGGUAGGGAACGCUGCAAAUGCAUCAAGCAGCGAGAAUCUUAAGCAGAUGACUGGAGGGCAUCAAUUUGACAACCAAGUUGGUCAACCACAGAGCUAUGCUGUGCAAAAUAAUCAGUUGACUGAGUUUUCAACAUCUCAAUUUGGUCAAGUGCAACAGUUACAGCAGCAACUGUCCAAUGUGCCUGCUGCAGUGCCGCCAACAAUUCAAAGAGAGGUUCAGUCAGGAGGGCCAGGGAAUCAACAACUGCAAAAUGCCGGUAGCCAGGAAGCAGAUGCUGACCCACAGAAACGCUUGCAAGCAACAUUGCAUCUUGCAGCUGCUCUUCUUCAGCAAAUUCAACGAGGGAAAGGGACUUGAACUGCAGCUUUGUUGAUUUCAUUUUGUUGGUUUCAUCCAUUACCUUGUGUGAUAAUGGGUAACUAGAUUGUAGUUUAGUAGAACAUGAAGUUUCCCUGAACUCAGGCUUGGAAUUUUCUUGUCUUUUGUAGUUUCUUUUUCUUCAGCCUGGUCUGGAUCGAUCAUUCAAUUUAAUGGCUAUGUGAUUUUCUUUUAAA